AUGGAAGCGUUCGCAUUACCUGACCUCUGGGCCGGCUACCCGGUGCGACGGGAAGAAGUGCUCGAGGGCUAUGGCAGUGGCAUGAUUUGCCGCCGGGCUGUGGAAAGCGGUGAGGUGCUUUUGCGCUUGGACCUGUCGGUUUGCUGGACGGCCGAGACCGCGCGCGCCUCCGGAGCGUUGGCGGAACUCGGGGACUUGGCGGCCGAGCUCUCGGAGGCCACACAGAUUGCACUGCACCUUCUUGUGGUGUCGAACGGUGCGGCAGCGGAGCGCUUUCGUCAUGAGCACGUCAAGACGAUGUGUGCAACGACCACAGAGACCUUGUUGGACUGGACCGACGAAGAGCUGGAGGUCUUAGCCGGCAGCAAGUGGCAGAUGGUGGCGCACGAAAUGCGUGAGGACAUCAUCGCCGAGCACGCAGAGCUCGAGGAAGUGAUUGGGGAUUUCCUGCAGACCCACGGCAUCACGCAAGAGAAGUUCUUGUGGGCCCAUAAGAUUCUGCUGUCUCGUGCCAUGACCUUCUACAGAGAAGGCGGAUCGCGUCUGAUGGUUCUUGGGCCAGGACAAGACAUGUUCAACCACAGCUGUGAAGCAGUGGGUUACGAGGAUGUCAAGCUGGAGACCGUCGAGGGAAAAGACAUGCUGGUGAUCCGUGCUUUCAAACCCUUUGCUGAGGGCGAGCAGGCGUUUUAUUCCUACUCCCCGGCCUCCAACGGGCGGCUGCUGCUCAUGGGCGGCUUUGUCGUUCCUGGAAAUCCCUUCGACUCCGUUGAGUUGAUGUUGACCUUCCCGGUGAAUCCCAGCUCGGCGCCCCUCUUCCAGCAGCUGGCGGAAGGUCUCCGAAGCGCGCCCCUCACAGAUGGCGUGGCAGUCGCCGAGGAGACGCAGGAUGAGUUCUUGCAGCUGCUGCCGCCACCCCCAGAACGACAUACCGAAGCGGCGCUGCACGUCAGGCUGAUGGCCAAGACGCUGUCUGAUCAGCUGGAGCGGGUUCUGGCCUUCCUGCGGCUGGACGAAUUGAGCCGGAGUCUUGGUGCGGAUGGCCUGAGUUCGGAUCGGCUGGCAGCGAGCGACAGCGACCCCAACGCCCGAAGAAGGGCUCUGACGAAGCUGAGGGCGCUCCUUCAGCAACUGCAAGGUCAAUUCGCAGCCUGA